GAGAGGAGGAGAUAUGGUGAAGUGGAAGAUGGAAUAGCCGGGACUCACAGGCAGUGUGUGUGCUGCUGUGCAGGGGGGGGACCCUUGGAUGCGUGGGGGCCAUAUUGUAAAAUUAAACCGGCUCCAGAGAGAGAGAGAGAGAAAGAGAGGGACAGGAGCAAAAAUCACCAACAACCCCCCCUCCAAAAAACACCCCCAAAGCCAAAAAGACUUUCCCCCCGUUUAUCCGGUGCCUGUUGGAGAAGAGAGCGGUGCCCUGCUGCAGAGCAUCCUCCCCGGGACUGAUGCUCUGCCUGUGACCCCGGGGUAUGAGAGCCGCCCGCCCGCCGCUGCUGCUAUGUUUGUUCCGCUCUCCGUCCCCUUCCUGUUUCAGCGAGCCGGCUCCGAGCACACAUGGCCCUUUAAAUCGCCGCCGCCGCUGUCCAGCCUGGCAGGUGCUGACGAAAUAAGAAUGUCUAAACCGGGGCAUCUCGGCAAAUUGCACGCAGACGGUGGUGUCGCAGACAAUGAAAGGAAUGGUGCAGAUGCUUUACAUGAGGUGCAGCAAAACAAGGGGUCUCCCUUCUCUCUGUCUCCAAAGAUUACAGAUGAAGAAUGUGGGGAACGGUCCCCAUCCCUCCCUGGCACUCCAGUUCCCCCCAUGCCUUCUGCGCCACCCACUCCACAGGCUCCGCCCACCCCCCAGCAAACACCUCCCUCCCUCCCACAGACACAGCUCCUCCUUGCUGGCAGCCAGCUGGCUGGGCUCACUGCUCUCCUCCCCGCACAGCAGCAGUUGCUUCUCCAGCAAGCUCAGCUUCUCGCAGCUGCUGUACAGCAAUCCAAUGCAGCUGCCGCAGCCGCCAACGCCUCCCAGUCAGGGUCCGACACCCAGACUGCCCCCGCCAACCAACAGCAGCCCCCCCAACUUGCUUUGUCCCAACCCAUCCACCUCACUGCACAGGACAUCCAGCAGUUGCUGCAACUCCAACAACUGGUUCUUGUUCCGGGGCACCCUCUUCAGUCCCAUACACAGUUCCUCCUACCCCAGGCAGGACAAGGCCAACAAGGCCUUUUAUCUGCAUCAAAUCUCUUCCAGCUACCUCAACAAAGCCAGGGGAAUCUCAUUCCGGGUCAGCCGAGGCCUCACCUUCCUACUCAGGCUGUGUCACGCCCAGGCCCCCAAGAUCCCCAAAUAUUGUCGCAUACAGAACCAGCAUCUCACCCCGAGGAGCCCAGUGACUUGGAGGAGCUGGAACAGUUUGCCAGAACAUUCAAACAGCGUAGAAUUAAACUGGGAUUCACUCAGGGGGAUGUUGGAUUGGCUAUGGGAAAGCUAUACGGAAACGACUUCUCUCAGACAACCAUCUCCCGAUUUGAGGCACUUAACCUGAGUUUCAAAAAUAUGUGCAAGCUAAAACCAUUACUACAGAAGUGGCUGAGUGACGCAGAAACGAUGUCUGUGGACAGCACUCUGCCCAGUCCCAACACCUUGAGCAGCCCUGGAGGAGGAUACGAAGGACUCCCCGGCCGCAGACGCAAGAAACGCACCAGCAUCGAGACCAAUGUGCGCUACGCACUGGAGAAGAGUUUUAUUGCGAACCAGAAACCUACCUCUGAGGAGAUCCUAGUGAUUGCGGAGCAGCUGAACAUGGAGAAGGAGGUGAUCCGCGUAUGGUUCUGUAACCGCCGGCAGAAGGAAAAGCGCAUCAACCCUUGCAGCAGCAUGCCACUUAUGCCCAACCAAGCCAAGGGGCAGCUGUAUGGGACACACAUGGUGUCCCCCCCGGUGUCUGCCCCCACGCUCACUUCCCUGGCUUCCAGUAAUCUCAGCACAACAGUGACUACCUUACCUUCCGCAAUGGGAUCUCUCGUCCAUCCUCGUCCACCCUCCAACACAGCACCCCCGUCUGCCACACCCCCUCCAAGCAACAGCACAAGCAUCAGUCCCCAGAGCAGCACCCAUUCUGGGCUUAGCCUGACCGGACUUAGUCCAAAUGCAGGGGGCACAGUGCUCGGGGUCAGCCCAGGGCUCAACUCAGCCCUAAUGGCUGGGAACCCACUGGCCACCAUACAAGCUCUGACCAGUGGUGGCUCUCUGCCACUCUCCGGUCUUGAUGGCAGCGGUAACCUCAUCCUUGCCAGUGGUUGCAGCAUUUCCAACACCUCCAGUCUGGUGAGCCCUCCGCUCUUCCUGAAUCCUGGAGGUCUUCCUCUCAUUGGUUCUGGCCUGGGACGUAUAACAUCUGCUGGUGGAACCCCGAGUCUCUCUCCAGCCUCCACCACGUCCUCCGGAGAGGCUGCUAUUCCCACCCUCCAGCACAGCCCAGGAGGCUCUCGGCACAGUGAGGAGAGUGAGUGAGAGAAAAAACAUCCCCCUCCCCCCCUUCAACCUCCACCAGCAGCUGAUAUGAAUCUCCAACUACUUGGAGACUCCUGGAAACAUUGGGGAGUAGAGGCAUGACUGCAUUUCAGAAGGCGCUGCCUCUCUCCCCCUCAACCCUCCCAGUGAAGUAGUGAAACGCGUGGAGGGGGAUUGGAACCAAAUUGAAGAGAAAAGCAAAUCCUAAACCAAAUAAGAAACCAAAAAUCCAAACCUCGGAAAUACUUCAGAAAAACCAAAAAUAUGCUGUGCCCUACUGGGGUGUACAGAGCUCCCCCAACCAAAGGAAUUCCUAAAGACUGAACCCCCUGCUCUCUUUUGUUAGUCAUGUUGAGCUAUGUGCCAUUUUUUGUUAAGGAUGAGUAUAAGACACAUACAGGGGCGGCCAGGGAGCUUCUCCAUCCUCCUUCCCUUUGCUCUACAUUCUCCUAUUCCAGAGAAUGAGUGUUACGGAUUUUAGGAGAAUGGGGAGGAGGCUGUAGUGCAAGAGAAUCCGCUUAUGGGGUUGGGUGCAUGACGCCAAUAUGGAAGUCAGGUUGAACUACAGCCGUCUUCAGUAUAGCGAUCGCUCCCAACUUCUACACCAAAUACCAAAAGCUUUUAUCCAAAGCCUAACAUAUCUCUAGAACCUCAGAGUAGCUCUGUGUAUAUGUGUGAAGUCCAUAUUGAAAGAUACACAUAUAGAUGUAUUCAUAGCCUUUUUUUAUACAUUUAUCCAGCAUUGAAUCCUGCUCCCCCUUAUAAUUCCUUUUUUAUUUAAAAAGUAUUUAUUUAGAACGUCUACCUUGCUUAACUUCCUUCCUCUUCUCAACAAAUAAUACUCAGAUCUAGUGUUCACAAUUUUUUUUACUGAAAAAAAUAAUUUACAUUAUUUGUUCCAGUUGUGGUUAGAAAACUGCUGUUAUUUUUGCAGAGCAAACGGAAAAUUUGAAACUUGCAUUUUCCUUUCCUCUGAUUUUUUUAUUUGUCUUUUUUCUUUUAUGAAAGAGAAUGACAUUUUAAAUAUACUUUCCAGUUCUGUCAUUUUAAUCCCACUCCCCCACUCACAGACCAAAUAAGUAUUUAAUUUUUUUUACAUGUGUUUAUUUUGCUAUUUAUAUAUUGUAGCCCUGAUUGUGCACAACAGCUUUUUAACAUUUGAUAGUUUUUUUUAUAACUACUUUGCUUAGUUGGUCCUAUGCUAUUGCCAUUCAUUUCUAUUUAUUUAUUUAUAACGCUGCCAAGCUUUAAACGUUUUGCCUAUUUCUCAUGGGAUACAUUUCCAAGAUCAUGUUUCCGCGGAUGGACAAAAAAAAAUACCAAAAAAACAAAACAAGCAAACCAAAAAUGAAACCAAAAUAAACACAAGGGAAAUACCAAAAACAAACAUAAAAAACUUAAUCUUUGCUGACACUGUGCCAAAGUACAGACUCUGAGUGUUGGCAGAGUGAAGAUAUAUACCAAGAAAUAGUGUUACCAAAAAUCUCAUGUUCCCCCUCCUAAGCCCUUAGACCCAUGGACAAUACUAAAAAGGAGUUAAAAGGGUGCGGGCUGCAGGGGUGCGUCUUUCUCUGUCUUAUAUACCUCAUCUGAAGAAGCCGAUAUUAUUCAAAUAAAGAAACUCAAGGAGGGAAUGUUGUUGAAACCAAAAACUACAAAAUUCUGGUGAGGUGCAAGGAGCUCAGAUUCUCCCUCCUGCAUCUCCAUCCACAAAAAGCUUUAACGGCCUCUUUGAAAACCUCUCAUUUUAUUUUUCCAUUUUGUUUUUAUUUGUGGGUUUUACAAAGAAAGUACUUUUUUUUUAAUUAUUAUUUUAUUUGCUCUGUGCCAAAGUGUUUAACAAAAAAAAGAAAAAGUUAUUGACUUUUAAACUUCAGAGAAAGCGCCAUGUAAAUGAGGGGGAACAAACCGUAUACCAAAAAUUUCCACGUCAGGUGGAGGACAUAUCUGAAAGAUGAAUGAAAAGAAAAAAAGAGAGAAACCAACAAGACCAAAAAUGAAACACUCUCUUCUUUUUCUUUUUUUCUUAAUACAUUUUUUUUUUUCUAGCUGUAUGUUCUUUUUUGGAAAUGUGAACUUUGAACUUUCUUAAAGGGACAUGGGCCUCAUUAUAGCUUUAGCUUUAGACGUGAUGGAUUAAAAAAAAAACUCUUUGGGGUAAAAAAAACAAACAAAACGUAAUCGGGUUAAAAGGAAAGAUACUGUGAAAGGGGAUGCUUUACCAAAUUCUGUCUAAAGUUGCUAAGCCUGUUAUCUGCUAGCGAGGCUUGCAGUGAAAUGUGUUGCAGGCCUUCUAGCAGUGUAGGGGAUAACUACCUUCUGCUUUAAUUAAAGUGGCAGGACUUCAACUGUAAGAGGAAUAGGGGCACAAGGAGUGGGACAGGAGAAACCAGAACAUGGGACUAAGAACUGCAUGCAGGUUGAGUUAUGGUUGUAGCCCUCCUCUGCCUUACGGUAGUGACGGGGUAACACAAUGGUGAGUGAAUGCAGAGCCCUGCAUUGUUUAUUGUGCAGCAAAAGGCCACAAUUGACAGUAUAACCCAUAAACUCUUAUUUGGCCAUAUAGUACAGUACAUAUUUGUGCCUGAGUGGGUGCCCUAUGAAUGUUAGGGAUGUUAGCCAAGUACUGACGUUACCUGGAUAAUGUCAGAUGUAUUGAAUUGUAUAUGGGUAUUUUUUCCAUAUCCUCCCUGUAAAUCUGCUUUGAAGCUGUUGAGCGGAGAUUGGGAUAUUGUGAUGUUAUAAACUGACUUAUUGCUGUUUAUGUGGGUUUCCGGGAAUAGACAGAUAGGGGUAAAUUUACUAAAGCUUCUUAAACAGAGAAUUGGUGAUGUUGCCCAUGGCAACCACUCAGAUGCUGUCUAUUAUUUCUCUAUUGCCUUUUAGAAAAUGAUGGACAGACUGGUUGCUGUAGGCAACAUCACCAAUUCUCUGUUUUAGAAGCUUUAGUAAAAUUACCCCUUAGAGCUCAAUUAUUGUGUUCUGAUCCUGACACCUCUUCUUGCUGUGAAAAUGCCCUUUCCAUUGUUAAUUAGAAUGACCCGAGUAUGCCUGGGUAACGUCCGGAUUACCAAAUGUGCGGGCGGAAAUGGCAGAAUGAUAAAGAGUUCUGGAGCUCAUUAGAGCUGCACCCAUAGCUCUAUAACAGUGACCUUCUAAAUGUAAGAUUUUUGUAUACCACGGUUCCCUGCGUCUGUGUAUUGCACAUAUAUACUUACAGUAUACAUACAUGCACACUGUCACAUACACCAGCAUACUGUGACCACCAGCCACACAUCAAAUUACACACAGUCAAGAUAUUAUAUAUAUUAUUUUUAUUAUUAUUUUUAUUUUUUCAGAUGGGAGCCUCUAUCAUUAUAAGCAUUGCUGUGGUUUUUUUUUACAUUGAAGGCUGAGUAUUUUGUACUCGUUAAACACUUGCCACAAUCGUAUACACCACUAGACACUUCACGUACUAUAAGAGAAUCAUACAUGUUAAUGUUCAUCUCAAGUACUUAUGGAAUAAAAUCCAAAACCGAUUUAGUGCAUUAUUGAUUUUUGAAUCAUCACAUAUAAUGUAGUUUAUCAGCCAAAGAAAGAACAUGUAGCGGAUUCAGUUGCUGAAUGAUGAGGCGCCCAAAAAGAAUAAUUACGUAUAGCCCAACUCCUACUUUGUCCCACAUGUAUGACUAAGGGAUUGUUAAUGCACAGUACUAACAGGGAACAUGUCACACACAUGCACAUGAACACACAAAUCAAUGUAUCUGCACAAUAGUGCAAUGAUUCCCGAAAAUGAUUAUGGGGUACACAAGGGAGUGUUGAAAACAAACUGUUCCCCAGGGCUCAACUAUCUGCCGGCCCAACUACCAGUUAUUUGUUCCUUCAAAGAUUGUCGCUCGGUUGACACUUCCUGUCCAGAAGCGCUCUCUCUCUCUCUCCAGAACCGCUCUCUCUCGGCUGCUUUCCUUUCUCUAGAACAGCUCUUCCACUCUGACAUCACUUUCUUGACUGUGUCUCUCAGCAGAAACUCUGUGAGAGUAGCCGGUCUCACCACCACAGAACCCAUCUUUUCAGUUGCUGGUCUCUGCCCUUUUCAUGUUUCUCUGUGUCCAAUUUCUCCUCACCAGAAACUUAGGGCCCCAUUUAUCAAUAAUUGCAUAUUCAAUGCAAUCUGGGCGCAAUAUUAGUGCGCAAGAUCGCAUUACAAUAUGCGGGGAUGACCGCUGUGGUCCCUCCUUCAUACAUUCGGGGGAUACUUAAUAUUUACUGUUUCGAGUAAAUAGUUGCAAAAAUUAUUGUUUGAUAAAUGGGCCCCUUGCCUAUUGCUGAAAGUACGUUGCAUUGCCCUAACCAAUGGGUAGGCAAUGUGUGAGACUCCGCCUGCUGUGGAACUAUACAUCCCAGCAUAGCCUGCCAUAUACACUAUAUAUACACUAUUAACUUGUUGGCCAGAGCUGUAACCUAUUCAUGGCUGUUGUAUUUUCCCUAUUCCCUAUAGAUGGAAGUGUAGACAGACUUGGGCCUUAUUCAGAGAUUUACACGCUGUUUAUUUUGUAUGCAGAGGUGCGCUUUUGCCUUUGCCACUGUUCAAGCGUAUAAGCCACAUUGCACAUAUGCAGCGGUGAUCUUGCACGGUGGGCGUAGUGAGGAUUCAUUCGCAAAUUAAGGUGCAUUUGUGGGAGGUAAUGGGGGAGUGACUUUCAGGGGUGUGCCACAGCUUUCAUACGCAGUUAAGUGACUGCACCAUCUUGUUGCCAACCACCAAUAAGGUCACACACUGUCGAUGUUUGACUGAUGUGCGACCCUUCGUUGCAUCUUGGUACAUAAGCGCCUACCGGCACGGCAGUCAUCUCUGAAUCGUGCUCUAGCACAGUGGUUUGUAAACUCGGCCCCCCAACAGUUCAUGUUUUCCAGGUCACCCAGCAGGUGCACAGGUGUAUUCACUACUCACUGGGGGUAAUUUAUACCCCCUUUCAGACAGAAAAUGAAAUUACUGGGUGAAGCAGUUCCACACGGUAAACUUCAUGAAACACACGGGUCCUUUUUCUGUGUGAAAGGGUUGACCCGUGUUGUAAUUCCCGGUACUUCGACCCUGGAAUCUACCAGGGUCGGAGACACGGGAAUUAUGACACAGGUUGACCCUUUCACACAGACAAAAUACCCGUGUUGAUCUGCAAAUUACCUGGUUGAAAUUGUUGACCCGGUAAUUUGCAUGUCUGUGUGAAAGGGGGGGAGGGUCAGGCAGGUCCCGGCAAAACGUCCCGGCAUUGAAAUGCCGAAUAAUUGCUGGGACUUUCAGACAUUUUUGUCUGAAAGUGGUAUUAGAGAUGCUUUUGUAUCUGGUGAGUAGCUCCCUACUUGCGCUGCUCCUGCGCGCUGGCCGGGAUCUACCCGCAACGUUCUGGGUCGCAGCGGCUGCGUGUGAUGUCAUACAACCGCCGCGGCCCGCCCACUGUCCGGACACGCCUCCGUAGUCCGGACCGUGCCCCACCAACGGCGUUCUAACGACGUUGGCACGCUCCGCGACCGCCUCUGCCUGUCAAUCAGGCAGAGGCGAUCGCAGCCAGUUAGGUGCUGAUAGCAUCUUACUGGGCUAUCAGGGUCCACCAGCGCAGUGCGCCCGCUGCGUGAACACACGCCACAAAGUAAUUCAGACUGCGAUCGCUGCCGCUGCAGCGAUGCAGUCUGAAUUACACCCACUGACGCAUCUUAAAAGAUCCACAUGGGGAGCUAAUUAUUUCACCUGCGAUUCUGUGAGGAGACCUGGAAAUGUGAACUGUUGGGGGUCCUUGAGGACAGUGGUGCAGAUGUAUUAAGCCUGGAG